UUCGUAAAUUUAUUUUCUUCAUCAUUUCAAUGGCACGCCGGGCUUGGAGCGAGGAGGAGGAGGAUGCAUUGUUAACAAACCUUACGAGCCUUGUAGAUCAGGGGGUUUGGCGAACCGACAACGGAGGGUUUUGCCCUUCCUACUUGGGAGUUCUUAAAAAUGAGAUGCGAGUUUCUUUCCCUCUAGCAGGUAUAAACGAAAUUCAUAUUGAAGGAAGGAUCAAGAAAUGGAAGAGUGAUUAUCGUAUACUAGACGCUAUGCUUAGGCAUCCUGGGUUCGGGUGGAAUCCAAAUGAAAACAAACUAGUGGUGGCAAAUGAAAUUUGGAAUGAAUUUGUCCAAGAUCACCGACAUCUGAGACAUUUACGGGACAGGCAAUUUCCCCAUUUUAAUCGAUGGGCCUAUUGCUUUUGUCACGCCCCGCCCCGCAAACGGCACCCAGAGUGGGCCCGAGUCAGCGCGGCCACGCGGCAUUCCACACAAUAG